GAGUGGCACCAUGCAGCUUCAGGCCUCUCUCUCGUUUCUCCUGAUUCUCACUCUCUGCCUAGAGCUUCGAUCAGAACUAUCACAAGACACUAUCACGGAUCUCCUCCCAAAUGUAUGCUCUUUUCCUAUGGAAAAGGGCCCUUGUCAAGCCUACAUGAUUCGAUGGUUUUUCAACUCUGAAACUGGUGAAUGUGAAUUAUUUGCUUACGGAGGCUGCAGAGGCAACAGCAACAACUUUUCGAGGAAGGAAGAAUGUGAGAAAAUGUGCAAGUUCACCUGAUUUUCUAACAAGAACACAGCCUUCCAUGGAUUUGGGAUUGAUCUGAGGUCCAUAGAAGGUAUUUUUUUUUUUUUUUGUGAACAAGAGAUUCAUUCCUCUACCCCUACAUUUAUUCUCCCUGAUGUGCUCCUAAAAAUGCUUCAUCUCUGUGCCCGAAAUUCUAUAAAUGUUGCAAUCA